UAUUGGUCAAUUCUGUCUUUGCAAAACAUGGCUCUCCCUAAAUUCACCUUGAUUGAAUGCUAUUAAGCUGCAGGUGGCUCCCCUCAGGAUUAUUACAGAGAUAAACAAACUGGAAUCUUUGACCUCACGCACCAGAUAAACUCUAAGCUUCUGGAAGGGGCUAUGGCUGUGGCCCUAGGCUGUGCAAUUCAGGCCUCCUUGAAUCAGGGCUCUGUGCUGCAGGAGUAUGACACUGAUUGUGAGGUGUUUCGCCAACGCUUCAGGCAGUUCCAGUACACUGAAGCAGCUGGGCCUCAUGAAGCCUUCAACAAAUUGUGGGAACUUUGCUGUCAAUGGCUGAAGCCAAAGAUGCGUUCUAAGGAACAAAUCCUGGAGCUGCUUGUGCUGGAGCAAUUUCUCACUAUUCUGCCCACAGAGAUAGAGACCUGGGUGAGGGAACACUGCCCAGAGAACAGAGAAAGAGUUGUAUCCCUGAUAGAAGACUUACAGAGAGAGCUUGACGUACCAGAACAACAGGUUGACAUGCAUGACAUACUCUUGGAAGAACUAGCGCCAGUAGGAACAGUACCCAUGCCACCAGACUUGCAUCUGGAGUCACCUGCCCUCCAGGUAAUGGGCCCUGUCCAAGAGGCCCCAGUCACGGAGGCCUGGAUCCCACAGGCAGGGCCACAGGAACUGAACUAUGGUGCUGCUGAACCGUGCCAGCCCUUUCUGGACCCUGGAUUUCCACUGCCAAAGCUUGACGUGAACUUCCCACUGGAGCACCGAGAAGAGUCGUGGGUGAAGGACUUGCAGGAUUCCAAAGAAAUGAAACAGUUACUCGACUCCAAGAUUGGUUUUGAGAUGGGGAUAGGGAAUGAAGAAGAUGCUUCAAAACAGAAAAAACUGGAGAAUAUAUAUCCAUUUAUUGUAACUUUAGAGGAGAAUUCUCUCCAUGGUCCUGUGAUGCAAAAAGACUUUGUUCCAUUAGAAAAUCAGUGGGAGCCUCCACCAGAGGAUUUACAGACAGAUUUAACAAAACUUGUGGAUCACCAAAACCCCACUCUAGGGGAGACACCUGAGAGUACCAGCUUAGAAGAACCUCUCAAUCCUAGGCCCCAAAAGAAAAAGAAUCCAGGAGAGAAACCUCACCGAUGUCCUCAGUGUGGAAAAUGUUUUGCUCGGAAGUCACAACUUACUGGGCACCAGAGAAUUCAUUCAGGAGAAGAACCUCACAAAUGCCCUGAAUGUGGAAAAAGAUUCCUUCGUAGUUCAGACCUUUAUAGACACCAACGACUUCACACAGGAGAGAGACCUUAUGAAUGCACUGUGUGUAAAAAGCGAUUCACGCGACGCUCACACCUCAUUGGGCACCAGAGAACUCAUUCCGAAGAAGAAACAUAUAAAUGCCUUGAAUGUGGGAAAAGUUUUUGUCAUGGAUCAAGUCUUAAAAGACAUCUGAAAACACACACAGGUGAAAAACCUCAUAGAUGUCAUAAUUGUGGGAAAAGUUUUAGUAGACUGACCGCUCUUACUUUGCACCAGAGAACACAUACUGAAGAGAGACCUUUUAAAUGUAAUUACUGUGGGAAAAGCUUUAGGCAGAGGCCAAGUCUUGUUAUCCACUUAAGAAUCCAUACAGGGGAGAAGCCAUACAAGUGUAGUCAUUGUUCUAAAAGCUUCAGACAGAGAGCAGGCCUUAUUAUGCACCAGGUCACUCAUUUCAGAGGACUUCUUUAGGAAUUGUUGAGGGAGACAGGUCCUACAGAAACUAACACUAACUCAAAAACAUUGUAACAUGUAGAAUCCUUUUGUGUGGAAGGAUAUUUUUGUUUGGACUCAUGAGAAUAGCUUUUUUUGGGGGGGGGUGGGGACUGGGUUUUAUUAGCAUUUUUAUUUUGAGAAUCAAAAACUGCAGAGAGCAUUAGAAGUGUUGAUAUAUUUCAACCUUUCUUUACAAAAGGUAGAGGGGCUAAUUUUAAAAUCUGUCUGAGCUCCAGACAUGAGCUCUGGGCAUUUGAGCUCUAGAUAUACAAGCUGUAGGCAUGAGCUCUAAAAUAGCCACUUACAGUAGCAGCUUUCCUAAAUUGAUUUCUCUUGUCUCCACAACUGUGUUUUUAAUUAAAAUGGGAAAUUUUGUGUUGCAAGACAGCCACAUCAUACAUAGAAGCAUAAAGCAGAAAUAGAGGUAGGAUCGAUAUGGUGGAUAACCAUGCCCAUGGGAUGUAUCUAUUGUAGCAGUACGAGACAUAUUCUGCUGUAUAAUUAUUAAAAGUGAAUUGAAGCCUUAGAUGUGCCAAGGUGGCAAGAAGAGAGACAGUGAAUUUUGUCAAACAGCAAAAUCAUGUCAGGAGCACAAGGAUGGAGGGGUAGUAUUUACCUGGUGAAAACUGGGUUAUUUCCAUUAAAAUAUUUCUUUUUUAAGAAAAUUAAGAUUUUAGACUUUACUUCUGAUUUUUGUAGUUUGCUGAUCUGCUUAUUUGGAAGUCUUUGGUGAUGGUGCAUAGAGGGAGAGUAUUCACUUGGUGAUAAAAGCUCUAGGUCUGCAACAGUCCACUUGAAGCCACGGGUGAUGUUGCACACCUGUAAUCCCAGCACUCUGGGAGACUGAAGCAGGAGGAUAGCAUGUUCAAGUCCCCCCUGAGCAAAUUAAUGACUUCCGAUAACUUGUGUCGAAAUAAAAAAUCAGAAAAGGGUUGGGGAAGGCCCUGGCUUUGAGCCCCAUUACUACAAAAAGUAAAGAACCCACUUCACUGUUGAAAUUGUCCAGGUAGAUUACUAGUUGACUGAGAUUGACUGAACUGAAGAACCAGUAUCCAUGGCUUUUUGCUUUGCUUUGGUAUUUUGCAUGCAUCUUUCAGGGCUUUUGAAAUCUUACCCAUUCUUUCAUUCAUUAUCUUCCUAAGAAUGUGUCAUAGAACACUUAUUUCUGGAAGAUAUUCUACAAGUAAGUUUGCCAGUUGCUUCCUGCUGUUUCCCCUUCCUGGAUUCAUAAUGCACACUAGCUUGUGAGACUUGGGGAGAGGUCUGCCAGUAAAGGAGGAGAAAGCACCUCUUUUGGCUCAGCGUUUUCCAGAUGUACUUGGACCCAGUACACCCUUUUUCAUGUUCAUCCAAUAAUAGCUGACAAAACUAUUAUUCUGCAAAUGUCCCUUGGAACACACUGCCUUAAACAAAUAUUUCUGUAACUAUCAAUAUACUUCUGUUCCUCCCAAGAUAGUUAUCUCCGGUUGUUUUAAGGGUAUUAUAAAAUUUUUUAAAGAUACACAUCUUUUGUAUAAUAUAAUCAUGUAUCAUUUCAAGGAGGUGAGGAUCACUGAUUUAUAUCAUUUAUGAAUUGUUCAGUGAUUCUUGACCUCUUAACUUUCAUUAUAAGUACACACACAUACACACAUACAUAUACAGAUACACACCAUGUCAAGGUGAGGAUCACAAAUUCAGGCAAAUGAAAAAGUUGCCAGUGAUUAUCACCCUUUUUGAAUUUUACUUACAAUUAUGUACACCCACCCAGUUGUUACUUAUGUAAACGUUUUUAUAUAAUCCUGGCAGCAACUCAAAUUCCCACAUGAGGGAAGAAGUCUCAUUAUCAGUUAGUAUGUGAACAUAUUUAUUGCGCCUAGUUCCUUGUUAUGAACAUACAAAAAAUAAGACAGUCAAGUAUUUCUCUUUUAUGAAGCUAUCCAAUCCAAUCAUCCUUUCCUUAACUAGGACUAGGGAAGUAUAUCUCUUCUAUUGCAUUGAAUUGCUUGCAACUGAUAUCAAAGCAUUGGGGAGUGUCUGCUAUGUGCCUAACUAGUCCUGUUCUAGGCUUAACAGAAGCUAGUAAAGAAAUACAGUUCAUGGGUCAGGCUCAUAAAAGAGUUUAUAAUAUCUUUAGUUAUAAACAAGAGUUGGGAAACACAUGGAGAACAAUGCAAGAGAGUUUCUAAUUAAGUGCCAAAUCAUAUCAAGUGCCAGAGCCAGGAUGUGUCUUAACUCUUGACAUCCAGGUCCCUGUAUGAUGCUGCUAUACAUUUGGGGUUAAAAUUGAGCUCCCAGUAGCAAUAAACAUGUAACAUGAGAGGAGUAUGAAUGUGGAGAUGAAAAAUACCGAAUGUAAUGGCUUCUCUUUUCUCUUGUGGAAUUGCAUUCAAACCAGAACAGUGCCUUAGAAUGGAUGUGCCCAACUGCAAUGUAUUUAUACAAUGUUUUAAUAAAAUGGAAAUGUGUAUGUUAUUCCUGGUUCUCUUGCAUUAAGUAAUUGAACAGCUUAAGAGAUGCUUCCCUGCACAGUGGCAACAAACCACAUUUGACUUCUGUCCCUCCUCCAACUUGGAAUCACUUGUCUGUCUGCAACCAUUAGUACACUGAUUGCAUUGUUUGUAGCAUUUAAUACUGAUAAUUUUAGCUUAUGAAGUUAGCUACAAUCAUUGUAAUAGCUGCAACCUCUCAUCUAUAUUAUGAACAAAUGUGAUUAGAUUUUUACAAGACAGAAUGUCUCAUA